UUCACCGCCAUGACACUUUUUCCUUGUCGUGUGCCAUUGCAGUUUCCAGUCAAUACUUUUUUUACUGAAAGAAUGAAGAUAGCAUAGAUACACUAAUGGAAUGAAAUGGAGGAUAGAGAAGAGAAGUGAAGGUAAUCUUUUAAUUAAUUGCAGCGAAUGGAUUUUUUUACGAUCAUUAUUGAAUCAUUAGUGCUGAAAAAUAGCAACAAUGGCUCCAACGAUUCAAACGAAUAUUAGCAACGGUGACAGAGAUAAACGAGUGGUGAGACCAGCAGAAAAACGGUCUGAGUUGAUUUGCCGAGUUAAAUACUGCAAUACACUGCCCGACAUUCCUUUCGACCCAAAGUUCAUUACAUAUCCUUUCGAGUCUACCAGGUUCAUUCAGUACAAUCCAACCUCUCUAGAGCGUAAUUACAAGUAUGAAGUUCUCACUGAACACGAUUUGGGAGUUGAAAUCGAUUUAAUCAAUCGAGACACCUAUGCAGGAGAUCCCAAUGCACAGCUCGAUCCUGCUGAUGAAAAGCUUCUCGAAGAAGAUAUUCUCACACCUCAGGAUUCUAAACGAUCAAGACAUCAUGCUAGAAGUGUCUCAUGGCUUCGUAGAACCGAGUAUAUCUCGACAGAACAGACGAGGUUCCAGCCACAGACUAUGGACAAAGUUGAGGCUAAAGUUGGCUACUCCAUUAAGAAGAAUUUCAAGGAAGAAACCUUGUAUAUGGAUCGUGAAAGCCAAAUUAAAGCUAUUGAAAAAACAUUUGAUGACAACAGGAUAUCGAUUACAAAACAUUACAGUAAACCCAACGUUGUGCCUGUGGAAGUAUUCCCCGUGUAUCCUGAUUUCAAAUUGUGGAAAUAUCCUUGUGCUCAGGUGAUUUUUGAUUCAGAUCCAGCACCUACUGGACGUUCUGUGCCUGCACAAAUGGAGGAGAUGUCGCAAGCCAUGAUCAGAGGGGUGAUGGAUGAAAGUGGGGAACAAUUUGUCGCCUAUUUUCUUCCUCUAGAAGACACCCUAGAAAAACGCAGGAGAGAUUUUGCAGCCGAAAUUGAGUAUGCAGAAGAAGAAGAGUAUGAAUAUAAAAUGGCUCGAGAAUACAAUUGGAAUGUGAAGAGUAAGGCUUCGAAAGGUUAUGAAGAGAAUUAUUUCCUGGUUAUGAGAGAAGACGGAGUGUAUUAUAAUGAAUUAGAGACUCGAGUGCGUCUAUCCAAACGCCGACAGAAGGCAGGUCAGCCACCCAACAAUACCCGCCUGGUUGUUCGUCAUAGACCCCUCAAUGUCAAUGAAUUUAGAAUGCAGAGGUGGAGGGAGAAGCAAUUGGAGCCACCAAAUGAAGAAGAGGAGGAUGAGGAUGAAGAGGAAGAGGAGGAUGAAGAAGAAGAAGAAGAAGGACAGCAGCAGGAGAAUCAGCACGGAAACAAGAAUCCAGAUGAAUCAAAAAGCAAUCAAGAGAAUAAUGGUUCUGACAAUGAAGGAGAAUCCCGUCGCUCUUCCCGAGCUUCUUCACUUGCGUCUUCGGAAAAGUCUGAUAAAUCACGAUCAAAAUCCAGGUCUCCUUCCAAAUCCAGGUCAUGCUCCCCUUCAAAGUCGCCAUCUAGAUCAAGAUCUCAAUCCAGGUCAAGAUCUCCUUCGGGUUCUAGGUCGAAAUCAGAAUCUAAAUCUCGUUCAAGGUCUGGUUCCCCGGCUCGAUCAACUUCAAGAUCUCCUUCCAGAUCACGCUCAGUAUCCGCAGCCAGAUCAAACAAAUCUCCGUCUCCACCUUCAAUGCGAUCUGGAAAAUCUGACAGUGGCAGUGGCAGUGGCUCCGGUAGUGGCUCUAGUGAUAGUGGCUCCAAUAGUGAAUAAGGACGGUGGGAAAUUUAAUGGUAUUUUACUUAAAAUUUCGAUUUUCCGGUGGAGGAUCAUUGGCCUGUCCAGAAUAAACCAAAAUCAACUCGUUUUUGUAUUCUAUUUCACCCUCUAUGUAAAUCCUAUGAAACAAGACGCCGACAAGUUGUCAGAAAAUUGGCACAUAACAUUUGAGAUUUCCCAGUUGCAAUUUUGAUAUCAUCGCUCUCAGAAAUGGUAAAACUGUCUUUUGAAUUAUAGGCGUUUAAUGCUUUCUGAAAAACGGUCACACUAUUGUGCUGCUACAAUAUUUCGAAAUGUAAAAAUUAUCACAUGCAAUACCACGAAAGUUUCGAAAUUAUUGUAUAUAUGCCAAAAAGGUUCGUUUCAAACAAAUGAACGUUUCUAGUUUCCCAUGUUAAAAAAGUUUUCUGGAAAACUUGAUAAGUUUCUUUGUUUUCAGGGAACCUGGAGGGAAAUAUCCGAUUAAUAUUUAAGCUUAAGUCGUAUUCGCAGGAUUAUAUUUUCAUUCACAUUUCAGCUAACAGAAUUGGACCAUCAGAUAAAGUUUAUAUUUAAAACAUGAAAAUAUAGGUUUGAAAAACGCAAAGCAUUUAGUUAAUUUAAUAUUUAAAUAUUCUCAAAGUACCACGAUUAAGUCCAAUCUAUCAAUUUCAAUCAGUGGCUGACUCGAUUCAAACAGUCCUUUGAUUCACAUAUAUAAGAGAAAAAAAUUAUUUAACGAUGAUGAGUUGGACCGAAUGGGGCUAUCCUAUAGCAAAAAAUAAUUGUCAAAAUUUUGGUCGGAAUAACAUGACAGCAAAACUUUGAAAUUUUCGACAAAAUAUUCCCGGAAAUUGGACGACAAUAUGGGCGAGAAUCAAUAAAUAAAUUGUUGGAA